UGGGGGGGUUAAAGUGAAGGAUACAGUGCUUUCCGCGCGAAGUUGCCGAGGCUAGUCCCGAGGCUAGCCGACCCAACACCAUCCGCAAGGCUGAGAUAUGAUGCGUGAACACCAUCACGACAUCGACACCGGUAUCAUUGAUUUAGUCUCACCUGCACGUUUAAGAUCGCCCUUACGAAGAUUAGAGACUAUACCGAUAUUAUACCCACCAGUUCUAGUUUAUUACCGAAGAAAUGGAUGCCCCUUCCCUAUCACCCGAAGCUAUUGCAUUUGCUGCUCGGAUUUACGAUGCCGCACGUGCUGGGCAGAUAGACCUCUUCGAACAAGCCCUACCGGCUGGGUUACCUGCAAAUAUGACAAAUGAAAAAGGAGACAGUUUAGUCAUGCUAGCGGCCUAUCAUGGGCACUCCCAACUCGUCAGGCUUCUUAUUGCCCACGGAGCGAACCCAAAUUCUCUAAAUGACCGUGGCCAGUCGCCUCUUGCCGGUGCGGUCUUCAAGGGUGAAAGCGAGGUCGUUAAGGCGUUAUUAGAAGGAGGCGCAGACCCAGACCAUGGUGACCCAAGUGCAAUGACAGCGAUAGUGCUAUUCAAGAAGGAAGAUCAGUGGACGAAGCUUUUCGAAGAGGCACCUGGCAAAGGGAAGGCAGUUGCAACUUCGAGUCCACCGAGUUAGUGGUCACUUAUGAAUCAUGAAAAGUAGCAGAUUAUGUUUCUAUGUUGCUAUCUAUGUUCCAAGAAUAUAGCCUUGCAUCAUUGCAUUCGUAUACCGUCUAUGUUUCUAACCCC